AGAUGCUACACUGGUUCUUCUAGGACCACCAUCUUCCUCCCUCCUCAUCCACCACCACCACCAUCAUCAUCACCAUCACCACCACCACCACUACCACCAUCACCACAUCUUAGUCAUGUUGAGAGUUUAGGUUGGAGGAAAUCCAGUCGGAUUCAAGUGUUUAAUUAAUGAACUUUAUGAAGAUGAAGAAAGAAGAUAUUGCUCGAGGACUAAAGUUUGGUGGUUCUCAAAAGAAGGACGAUGUCGUUGUAGUUCGCGUGGGAAAUAAAGUUUUGCCAGUCAACUACGAGUCAACUACAACUUUGUCAUCCUCGAAGAACCCAAACCUGAGUCUUGAUCUGAAGAAAGAAAAGGGAGAAAAAAUAAAAACAAUUUCUAAAAUGAAAUUAGAGUUGUUGAGAUGGGCUGCUGCUGCAAAAUCUGACAAGGGUGGGAAAUACAUAGCUCGAAAGAUUAUUUUUCAGGUAUCGCAGUUUAGAAACAAAACGACAGUUAAAACUCUACAAAAUGACGAUCAAAUGACCGAUGACUCUCCAAAGAUUAGUUUCAGAUGGGAAGUCGAGAGUUGUUCUACAUUUUCUUCUGCAUUGUCUUCGAAUAGGAAUGACGAAAAGGUUAACAUUGAAAUUCAUUCUGACCCCGAUGGCAAAUCGAGCUCUGUAAGCCUGAGAUCAGCAGGAUCAGGAAGCUGGAUCACAACCGAUUCAGACUUCGUGGUCUUAGAACUUUGAAGAUGGUAUUUUUGAGGAUGAAGCCUUUCUCAACUUUUAAAAGAACUGCACGUGAAAAUCUGAUCAUGGAUGAUCAGAAUAGUGUUUUAAGACACGUAUUCUGAUUCUGAAAGCUUCGUGUACAUCCUUUAUGUUUCAAGAUAGAAGACUUUAGGUGUUUGUUGUAUUAAUGCAAGAUUUAAUUAAUCAGUGACUAAUUAUUUUUCUGGUCUUUUUGUUAUGGUUACCUUUCAAGAAACAGUAAUGCAG